GACAGCGAGGAAGAGGAAGCAACCUCAUGCUAAGGAGGACUAAAGUGAAUAAAACACCCUGAUCUGGUGGGAAAGCUCUGCCAAAAUGCCAUCCAGGACAAAAACAGCCAUGUUUGGCUCUGCUUUUUUCACCUGCCUUUGCUCCUUCGUGGUGAUUUGCGUUGUGAUGGCGAGCCAGCACUGGAUGAGUAGCGAGGUUCGCUUUUUGGGCACUAACUCCAGCACCACUGUAAGCCUCACUUAUGGACUUUUUAGUGGUACCUGUGCACAGUCUGUCGAUGCAGGACUUCAGGUUUCAUCGAAGACGUUCAAAGUUGCAGAUAACCUGAGCGACACCAGUGCAAAAAGCAUGAUCACAUCUAUUAUUGUGAUCCUGGUCCUCAGUUUACUGAGUUCCCUCCUGAGCUCUGGAUUUACCUGCACUAACGCUGUCAGUAAUCCCUACCAGACCUUUCUGGGACCUAUUGGAGUCUAUACCUGGAAUUCCUUAUGUGGAAUCUUCACACUUAUAGCCAUGAUACUUUUCCCUGUGAGCAUAGAAGAAAACAGCCUGUCUGUCAAAUUGGCCCAGGGAUGCUUUGCUUUUCUGCAGACACACGUGGGAUCGGAACACACAUAUGGAUAUUCAUACUGGAUCAUGCUGCUCAUCAUUCUUCUGAACAUUGCUUCUAUCAUCACCAUCUAUUUCUAUGACCAUGCGAGAUAUUCUAAGAAAAAAGAGCAGGAAAGACCCAUUGAAAAUGCACCAAAAGAUGUCAUUCUCUUUUAGGGAUACCACUGAAAAGAGGGUGUCAAGGAAAAUGACUAUUUAACACGGACAAUUGGGGCUGAUCUUUUCCAUUCAAAUUGAAUUGUGUGUAUACUUCGAUUAACAAAACAGCUUAUUGUGUCUUCAA